AUGGCUGAAGAUUUAGAUGUAGAAGCUAUGUUGGAGGCGCCCUAUAAUAAUAAAUCGGAUAACACUUCCUCUUCAAAGCAUCGAUCGGACAAGUAUUCUGAUAAGCACAAAGACAGAGACCGGGAUGGAAGUCGAAGACGUAGCCGGUCGAGAGAUAGAAGAAAAUCAAAAGAAAGAGACACACGCCGUUCAAAAGAAAGAGAUGAUAGGAGAGAAAAAGAUCGUGAACGGGACAAAGAUCGUAAGGAUCGUGAUCGUGACCGCGAGCGUGAUCGUGACCGCGACCGUGAACGUGAUCGAGGCGACCGUAGCGAACGCGAUCGCGACCGCGGCGAACGUGACCGUGAUCGCGAAAGAGAUCGUGGAGAUAGAGACCGUGAGCGUGAUCGUGAACGCGAACGUGACCGGGACAAGGAUAAAGACAGAGAUCGCACUCAUAGAGAUAAAGAACGAGACAAGGAUAAAGAACGUGAACGCGAUAGAGAUAAAAGACGAAGCAGAGACAAAGAACGCAGUCGAGAACGUGACCGCAGCAGCCGCGACCGUACCUCUAAUAGCAAAAGGGAAAAGACUAUUGAAAGAGAUCCUUCUAAAGAAUAUCGAUCAAAAUCUAGAGGUCUCGAGCCUAAAUUAGAUGACUUACCUCCAGAAGAACGAGAUCUACGCACUGUUUUCUGUAUGCAAUUAUCUCAAAGAAUUCGAGCUAAAGAUCUUGAAGAAUUUUUCUCUUCAGUUGGCAAAGUUAGAGAUGUAAGGCUUAUCACUUGCAAUAAAACCAGAAGAUUUAAAGGAAUAGCUUAUAUUGAAUUUAAAGAUGCUGAAUCAGUACCUUUGGCUCUAGGUUUGACGGGGCAAAAGUUGCUUGGAGUUCCUAUUAUAGUACAACAUACACAAGCAGAAAAGAACAGGGUAGGCAAUACACUGCCAAACUUAGCACCAAAAACCAGUAACGGACCAACGAGACUAUAUGUGGGUUCAUUGCAUUUUAACAUUACAGAAGACAUGCUACGCGGCAUUUUUGAACCUUUUGGAAAAAUCGAUCAUAUUCAACUUAUGACGGACCCUGAAUCAGGAAAAAGUAAAGGAUAUGGAUUUCUUACUUUUCAUCAUGCUGCAGAUGCUAAAAAGGCGAUGGAGCAAUUGAAUGGGUUCGAAUUAGCUGGAAGACCGAUGAAAGUCGGCAAUGUCACAGAACGAACUGAUGGUGGUUCCAGCACUCGAUUUGACGCCGAUGAACUGGACCGAGCCGGUAUUGACCUAGGUGCCACAGGACGCUUACAAUUAAUGUUUAAACUUGCAGAAGGCACUGGAUUACAGAUACCACCUGCUGCUGCGUCCGUAUUGAUGGGCGCCGGUUCAGCGCUUGUUACUCCACAGCCUCAAGUAGCACCUCCCAUUGCAACACAAUGUUUCAUGCUCAAUAAUAUGUUCGAUCCGGCCUCGGAAACAAAUCCUAACUGGGACAUAGAAAUAAGAGAUGAUGUUAUAAGUGAAUGUAAUAAACAUGGAGGAGUAUUGCACGUAUAUGUGGACAAAGCAUCUCCACAAGGAAAUGUUUACUGCAAAUGUCCAACGAUAGCGACGGCGGUGGCCUCAGUCAACACGUUACACGGCAGGUGGUUUGCCGGCCGCGUCAUCACUGCGGCUUACGUGCCACUUGUGAACUACCACUCUCUAUUUCCUGAUGCUAUGACUGCACUUACUCUGUUGUUGCCAACAAGACAACGAUAA